AUGAAGGACAUAGCCAAGGACCCAAACAACAAACUAUGGGUAGAGUAUAAUUUCAUGGGAGAAGCUUAUGGUUCUGGAUCAGUGAAACUUUCUUCUUACCUAGGUCCGUUGGUCCGGGAACAUGUUCCUGUCACACUUAGCAGUUGGACAAAGCUAAGUGAAUCUCUGAAAAUAGUUCUCUGGAAAUCUGUUCAGGCAAGGUUUGAGCUAGAUGAAGAUUACCAAUGGAAAUCGAUCCUCCAACAGUUGGGAUGUUUGUGGAGGUCAUCUAAGUCACGCCUUGUUACCCAGAUUCUAAAGGAGUAG